AUGGGCCGGGGGCCCUGGGGCGCUGGCCGCCCGCCUCGCCGCCUGCUGCCGCUCCUGCUGCUGCUCGGCCUGGGCCGCGGCGCGAUCGGAGCUCCGCGCACCGACGGUUUAGAUGUCUGUGCCACUUGCCAUGAACAUGCUACAUGCCAGCAAAGAGACGGGAAGAAGAUCUGUAUUUGCAACUAUGGAUUUGUGGGCAAUGGGAGGACGCAGUGUGUUGAUAAAAACGAGUGCCAGUUUGGAGCCACUGUGGUCUGUGGGAACCACACGUCUUGCCAUAACACGCUUGGGGGCUUCUACUGCAUUUGCCUAGAAGGAUAUCGAGCCACAAACAACAACAAGACGUUCAUUCCCAAUGACGGCACCUUCUGUACAGACAUAGACGAGUGUGAGGUUUCUGGCCUGUGCGGGCAUGGAGGGCGGUGUGUGAACACUCAUGGGAGCUUUGAAUGUUACUGUCUGGAUGGAUUCUUGCCAAGGAAUGGGCCUGAACCCUUCCACCCGACCAGAGAUGCCACAUCGUGCGCAGAAAUAGACUGUGGCAACCCUCCUGAGGUUCCAGAUGGCUACAUCGUAGGAAAUUAUACCUCUAGGCUGGGCAGCCAGGUUCGUUAUGCUUGCAAAGAAGGGUUUUUCAGUGUCCCAGAAGACACAGUGUCAAGCUGCACAGUCCUGGGCAUGUGGGAGUCCCCAAAAUUAUAUUGUCGAGAGAUUGACUGCGGCAGCCCUCCAGAAGUGCCACACGCCACCUUGGUAGGGAGUCACAGCUCCAGGCUGGGCAGUGUGGCUCAUUAUGUCUGUCAAGAGGGCUUUGAGAGCACUGGAGGAAAGAUCACUUCCGUUUGCACAGAGAAAGGCACCUGGAGAGCAAGCACUUUCACAUGCACAGAAAUAAUGACAGAAAUUCACGACGUCUCAGUGUUUAAUAACACCUGUGUGAGGUGGCAAAUAAACUCCGGAGGAAUAAACUCCAAGAUCAUGUAUGUGGUAUACAUUAAAGGACAACAGUUGGACCCGAUGGAAUCAGUUCACGAGGAGACAGUCAACCUGACCACAGACAGCAGGACCCCAGAAGUGUGCCUAGACCUGUACCCAGGCACCAACUACACCGUGAGCAUAUCCACAGCCCCUCCCGGGCGCUCGGUGCCAGCCGUCAUUGCUUUCCAGACAGCUGAAGAUGAUCUCUUAGAAGAUGAUGGAAUUUUCAACAUUUCAAUAUUUAAUGAAACUUGUUUGAAAUUGAACAGGCAUUCUAGGAAAAUUGGAUCAGAACGAAUAUACCAAUUUAAAGUUCUGGGUCAAAGGUGGUAUCUGGAUAACUUUUAUCACGCAACAUCAUUUAACCUCACAACGAGGGAACGAGCUCCAGCUGUGUGUCUGGAUCUGUACCCCACGACUGAUUACACAGUGACUAUCACCCUGCUGGGAUCUGCUGAGGAACACACGGCGCAAGUAGUGAUAACAACUGCACCAGCAGUAAAACAGACCAUCAGUAAUAUUUCAGGAUUUAACGAAACCUGCUUGAGAUGGAGAAACAUGAAGACAGCUGAUACAGAGGAGAUGUAUUUAUUCCACGUCUGGGGCCAGAGAUGGUAUCAGAAGGAAUUUUCCCAGGAAAUGAUCUUUAAUAUCACUACCAGCAGCCAGAGUCCCGAGGUGUGCUUGGACCUGCGUCCGGGCACCAACUACAGUGUCAGCCUCCAGGCUUUGUCUUCUGCGCUUCCUGUGGCCAUCUCCCUGACAACCCAGAUAACAGAGCCUCCCCUUCCUCAAGUAGAAUUUUUUGCGGUGCAUGGAGGGCCUCUGCCACGUCUCAGGCUGAGGAAAGCCAUGGAGAAAAAUGGACCCAUCAGUUCAUAUCAGGUGUUAGUGCUUCCCCUGGCCCUCCAAAGCACGUUUUCUUGUGAUUCUGAAGGGGCUACCUCGUUCUUUAGCAACACCUCUGAUGCUGAUGGAUAUGUGGCUGCAGAACUACUGGCCAAACAUGUUCCAGAUGAUGCCAUGGAGAUAUCUAUUGGAGACAGACUAUACUAUGGGAAAUACUAUAACGCACCCUUGAAAAUAGGGAACGAUUACUGCAUUAUAUUACGAAUCAUAAGUGAAUGGAAUAAGGUGAAAAGAUGCUCUUGCGCAGUUUGGGCUCAGGUGAAAGAUUCGUCACUCACGGUGCAGCAGAUGGUGGGUGUUGGACUGGGCUCCAUGGCUGUCGUGAUCGUUCUCACAUUCCUCUCCUUCUCAGCAGUGUGAGUACAGAUGGGUACUGUGUGGGAAAGCGGCACCACCACUGGGACAGGUGUUCUGACAGCUUCUCAGGCGCCUGCACAGAGACCCCAUGUGACUUCCAUCCAAGGGGGCGUGUGGGCCUGCAACUAUCUUCACUCCCAGCCUGGCCCCAUUCCUGAAUUCAAGAUGGUGGCUAUCCCUAUGGAGUCCCUCGAAAGGGAGAAAACUCAGGAAUUGCUGACAUCUUCCCUGCUACAGGGCCAGUUCUGUGUCUAUGAACUUGAGCCCCAUGAUGUACAGUGUAAUAUUGACCACAGGCUACAGAUCUCAUGGGUCUGGGCUGGGACUUGCUCUGAGUGAUGUCUGAGAAUGAGCUCUUCUAGACCAGGAAUGCAGGAGUCUCUGCAUUCUGCUUUAUACAGCACCUCUGU